AUAUCACACUCUUAACGCAUAACUUCUGAAUUAUCAUCUAGCCUCGACAACUGAGAAUGCGUAAUGCGGUCAGGAGAGCUGCAAGGGCUGUAUCCAGGAAUGUCUGCCCUAGACUGCAACACCGCGUCUGUCGCCCAUCGCGAAGUUACUCGUCCCUAUCUGCAAUAGCUGCCUGUGCUCCGUCGCCAGCCCCGGUCUGUGAUGCAGCGUCUGCAGCCGCUCGUUCGGCAGGCGAAGCCAGUACCAGCGGCCGCUCGGCACCGGACGCCGGCGGUGCCGCAGACGUGAGCUCGGCCUACAUCCACCUGCCCUUCUGCAAGCGCAAAUGCUUUUACUGUGACUUCCCUGUUAUAGCGGUUGGCCAGCACGCCCCUGCUGCAAACUCCCUCGCUGCUGCCUCCCCCGCUGCUGGGCGAGCUGCUGGACGCGCUGUCCCGCCGCUUCGGUCUGGCCCCCGGCGCGGAGGUGUCCCUGGAGGCCGACCCGGGCACCUUCGACGCCGCGCGGCUGCGGGAGUACGGGCGGCUGGGGGUGACGAGGCUGAGCGUGGGUGUGCAGGCCUUCCAACAGGAGCUGCUCGAGGCGUGCGGCCGCGGUCACGACCUGGCUGACGUGGAGGCGGCGGUGGCUGCGCUACACUCCGCCCCGCCGCCCUCCUGGAGCCUGGACCUCAUCAGCGGCCUGCCCGGCCUCACGCGGCAGCACUGGCGGGCCUCCCUGGAGCGGGCGCUGCAGGCGGGGCCCGACCACGUGUCGGUGUACGACCUGCAGGUCGAGCAGGGCACCCCCUUCGAGCGGUGGCAGCGGGCGGGGCGGCUGCGCCUGCCGCCGGACGAUGCGGCGGUGGAGAUGUACGGCGAGGCCUCGCAGCUGCUGCGGGAGGCGGGGUACGAGCACUACGAGGAUAGCAGCACAUGCUGGGGCACUCUACCGGGUGCAUCACGCUCUGCGGCGCCGCCUCCUAAAACCCCAUCCAUCCGCCUGCCUGCGUGCUGCCUCGUCCCUACCUCUCCCCGUCCGCGCCCCCCCCCC